AUGCUGACCCCAAACCCCGACAACGACUCGCCGGCGCCGGCGCCUGAGACCUCACAGUCGCCCCAAUCGCCCGUUGGUACCACCACUCAGGGUGGUAACGACACCGGCGACGCGUCGACAACGCCGCCUGACUCGGGGCUGGGGCGCCACUACCACCACCAUCACCCCCACCGUCCCUCCGCCGACGACGGCGAUUCUCUGGUGCCUCAUAUCCAUCAAGGCAGCCACAUUUACGUGAUUAAAAAUGCUGCUACCAGAGAAUCUUCGCAAGAGGCAGGUUCUCCUCAAAUUCGCGAGGCGUCGCCCGACGGUGUCGCCGCGCAAGUUAAGGCCGAACCAGCGGAAAACAGUGUAUCUGAGCCACCGAGAACAGGACUGACAGUUCAGUCGACAAACGCAUCGAUCAACGAAAUGGUGAACGAGAUGGUGAAGGACACUAAGGAGGCGACUGACACAGUCAACGAAACGGCCAACGAGACCCUUAAUGAUACCACGAUUAACGAUACCGUCAACGAAACCGCCAACGAGACUGUUAACGAGACCGCCAAUGAUACCGCCAACGAGACUAUCAAUUACACGGUUACUGAGGGUCAUAAUGAGACUAUCAACGAUACCGUUUACGAAACGGCUAAUGAAACCGCUAAUGAAACGGCUAAUGAAACGGCUAAUGAAACGGCUACCGAAACGGCCACCGAGACUGCCAGCGAAGUGGCUGUGUCCCAGUCAUAUCACCACACUCCCGUCCCCGAGCCAGUUUAUCACACACCCACACCGCAACCAGUCGACGUAUUACCGCCUCCUCCACAAAUUACUCACACGUCGCAAGUGGUCACGACGACGACGGCUAAGUCAGCGCUGCCUGAACUUCCCGUAGUGGCGUCCAAACCCAAAAGAAAGGCUCCGAUCACGCUUAAUACUGGUCUUGUGAAACAGAUGGCUAAGGAAAUCCAGCCUACUCGUACUUACCUUGGUACCAUCAUCUACAAUCCCACCACCACGUGGGGGACGCUUCAGAUGUCUCAGUUACCGGGGCUUCGCGAGGAAGACUUUGAACGGUUGUUGGAAAUGAAACACAACUACGUGGAAAAGCUUAAGCUGAACUACGGGCUUGUCCAGUAUAUCCCAAUGAUCCCUCCUUUGCCUCCGGCGUAUAUCAACUAUACGUUGACCAUCAAGAUCCCCCAACGGUUCUUAGAGCUUUUCAAAGUGGAGCUUGAUGCUAACGCCACUAAUCGCGAUGCCUGGGGUGGCGCUGGCGGUAUUUUUACCGAUGACUCUAAUAUCCUCUGUGUAUUGGCUCAUUUGGGUUUGUUCACCGGUGACUUGGACUUGCUGGAGUGGAACGAGAACUGGAAGGGAUUAGCGCCGUUGCAAACGUUCAACCACGGCAAUAAACGUCGCCGUCUGGACGGCACAAGCGAGACUGCCCCCGAGGGGAAUAAGGCUGAAAACAGUAAGCCUGACGAGGAGGACACAGCCGAGAUGCUGGAGAUUCUUCGCUUCCCCAUUCCCGGGGACUUGGCGGUCGAUGUGUUGUUAUUACCGCCGAUGAACGCCUAUUACGGCUAUUACGCCCACGGCAUCAACACUCGCACCUGGGUGCUGAAAAACCAUCACCAAGGGUUAUCGAUCGCCGUGUUCAACGCCAAGUGGGAGUCGCUGGGGACAUAUUUGCGCGAUAAGACCACCUUCAAGCGGUACCAGGCAGAAAUGGCCCAGGACCGCCGCGAACUGGCUGAGUUGCAGCAUCUGUGGCACUUGCUGAAGAAAAAAUACAAUGAAAUCAGGCAAAAGUACGCGCAGGUGGAGGGGUAG